UAGGCCACCGCCUAUCUACAGAGAAGCACCAGGAGCCAUUACAAGUGCACCCACACCAAAGACACCAGGACCAUGGCUGAGGCUGCCAGUGAUCCCAUAUGUGAGGAGCAGGAAGAGCUACAUGCAGAAGACAGCAAAGGGCUCACAGCUCAGUGGAGAGAAGAAGAUGAAGAAGAGGCUGCUCGUGAGCAACGUCAACGGGACCGAGAGAGGCAGCUGCAGGACCAGGACAAAGAUGAAGAAAAUGAAGGUGGCCCUUCCCUGGAACAACCAGGACAGCAGGCACUCCUCAGCCUCAAGUCCUCUGAACUGGAUGAAGAUGAGGGUUUCGGUGACUGGUCCCAAAAGCCAGAGCCACGGCAGCAGUUCUGGGUGAAUGAGGGGACCGCAGAGGGGACUGAGCCUUCUCAAAGCGAGAGUCCAGAGGAGGAACAAACAGAGGAGAGUUCUCAUCAGGCCAAAGUCCAGUUGGAGGAGUCAGACCUGAGGUACAGAGAGUCCAACACAGAGGAUGCUGUUGAGAGUUCUGGGGAGGCUGAAAAGCAUCUGAUAAGUCAUCGGGCCAGGACCCCCAGCCCUUUGGCCUCAGAAGACACUCUUGAGCUGAGUUCACCUCCCCUGAGCCCCACCACCAAACUGGCUGACAGGACAGAGUCCCUGAACCGCUCCAUUAAAAAGAGCAACAGUGUGAAGAAGUCUCAACCAACCUUACCCAUUUCCACGAUCGAUGAGCGCCUGCAGCAGUACACCCAGGCCACUGAGUCUGCUGGCCGAACUCCCAAGCUGUCCCGCCAGCCCUCCAUAGAGCUGCCCAGCAUGGCCGUAGCCAGUACCAAGACUCGUUGGGAGACAGGAGAGGUGCAGUCUGCUUCUAAGACACCUUCCUGCCAGGAUAUAGUAGCUGGCGACAUGAGCAAGAAAAGUCUGUGGGAGCAGAAAGGAGGCUCCAAGAUCUCAUCCACCAUCAAGAGCACCCCAUCUGGAAAGCGGUACAAGUUCGUGGCCACUGGACAUGGGAAGUAUGAGAAAGUGCUCGUGGAUGAGGGCUCAGCACCAUAGACCAUGUAUGCAUCCUGGAUAGAUUACAGCCAGAUGCCACUCUCAGCCCUGACCAAGAAUUGCUUCCUGUUGCCAGUCUGGCCUGCCCUCGUGCCUCCAUCAACCCAGCUGCCGCUUGCCUCUCCUUUUGCUCCUGGACCCUCCAUCUUCUAUGCCCUCUCAUCCUUUGACCAACCCUCCAACUCUGCUUCUCACCAUCACCUAAAAGGACCAGCCCCUACAGUUGCCAAGAGCUCCCAAGGAAGGAAGGAGAAGAGAAGGCAAGCAUCCCAACCAGAUCCAGGGGGUAACUGUCCCCAUGUGGAAUACUCAGGACUCCUGAGUCCUGCCCUGUUUGCGGAUCCCUCUUUUUGUGUAAUAAAGUACAUUCAGUGUCCCAUA